ACCUCCCUCUGCUCGGUGACCGACCCGUCUCCUCGGGGCUCGGGAGGAAGAACCGGAUCAUCUGCCCGGUGCUUUUUUAUGUUCCAACCGGAGAAAAGAGCGGAUGAUGUGACCGGAGCAGAGGAAGAAAGGACGGAUGCAGCAUGAGAAACCGACUAUGGGCUAAAUAUAGUCUUUGCCCCCCCGGAAUGCACCACCUGCCCUCCCGGUACCGGUCAAUGAGAGGCAGAGAUCCUCCCCCAUUUUCUCCCCUCAUGCUCCCAUAUGUUAAAAAACACACUCGUCUUAUUUUAGCAACACUGCCUUCUUCUUCCUCCUCUUCCUCUUGACUCUUCUCCACACACACACACACACACACACACACACACACACACACACACACACACACACACACACACAAACAGUGGAAAAUGAAGCGUGGGUCGAGUGUGUUGCAGCGUCCCUCUGAUGCAGCCACACACACAAACACAAACACACACACACGCACGACUAGAGGAGAUGAGGAUGCUGCCGGUUCGAGUCCCUUCCCAGCAGCCACCUCUCUCUUCAGCCCUGAUGUCAGCACCAAGAUGGCGUCUGACCUCCUCAUCAGGCUGUCAGAGGCGACCCAGAAGGCCCAGAUGCAUCCUGGGAGGCCGGCGGAUGAACCGGGUCUCGCUCUCUCUCCGGACGGACCGGGGGCGAGUCCCGAACCUCCCACGCUCUCACACACACCUGAAGGCAACGCCAACACCGACACACUGGCCUCAGACAUGCUGAGGAAACUGGCAGAGCGGCAGGAAGUGAGCAGCCACAUGGUUCGGGUCAAAGAAGAAGAAGAGCAGAUGGAGGUCGACCUCGUCCACCAUCGACCAAUCACAGCAGAGAUAACCCCACCUUCGCCGAAAAAGCCAACUCCACAUCUUUUCAAAAUCAAAACAGAAGACCAGGGUCUCCGUGGCAACCAGGUGAACCUGCACCCUGGAGCCAAAAUGGCAGACCAGUGUCUCAAUGGCCUUAAAAAAGAAGACAACUUUUACACUGGAGGCGGCCAUUCUGGCUCUAAAGCGGCAGGAAGCGUCGUCUCCGAUGCCAACAAGUUUCAGUUCAAAGUGAAACUGGAGGAUCAUGGAGCCAAGAUGGCGGACCAGCUUCUAUCCGGAGCCAAGAUGGAGGACCAGCUUCUCUUAAAAGCCAAAAUUGCACAGAGCCCUUUCCCCGCCAACACGUUCCUCUCCGGAGUCAAGAUGGAGGACCAGUUUCCUUCAGGGGCCAACAGGGCGGAGAACCAGCUUCUCUUCGGAGCCAAGAUGGAGAACCGGCUUCUUCCCGGAGCCAAGAUGGCGGACCACGUUCUCUCCGGAGUGAAGAAGGAGGAGCAGCUCUUCUUCAGAGCCAAGAUGGAAGACCAGUUCUCCUCAGGAGCCAAAAUGGAAGACCAGUUCUCCUCAGGAGCCAAGAUGGCGGACCAGUGCCUCAGAGCGGCGCUGUGGCAGGACAUGUCGGUGAAUCUGGCCUCAACACUGCUGCACCAGCUCUCAGAGAGAGUCAGUAAAUCCAACGGUCGGCUGGAGAGGACGACUCCGACCUUCAGGAGCAGUCCUGUUUUGCCGGUGAAUGUGGACCCUCUUCGCUCCUCCCCUCUUUUGAGCUCCCAGGAACCUCCACAUGAAACCAAAACCAGCCUCAGCAGAGAUCAAACCACAGGUUGCUCUUACUUCUACAGGUGUCACGUGUGCGGCUUCGAGACAGACGGCUGCCUCCUUUUCCAGAGUCACAUGACGGAGCACCGCCAAUGGGAGCGCGGCUCCUUCUCGCUGCACUGCUGCGUGUGUGACCACUCGACCAAUCAGGAGGCAGAGAUGAGGGUUCACGCCAACACGCACACACACGCUCACACCAGCGCGGAGAUCAGGUGCCCCGUCACCUCUCCUCCCACCUCCUCCACCACAGUUUCCGUGGCAACAACAAGCUCCUCCCCCUCCUCCUCUGAGCACCGCUGCCGUAUCUGCCAGAGGUCGUUUCCGGGGCAACAGGAGCUGCUGGUGCACUUCCAGGGUCAUCGCCAGGGCAACCAGUACAGGUGUGAGCGCUGCGGUCACCUGACCCGAACGGCCAAUAAGCUGGUGGAGCACGUGCGCGUGCACACAGGAGAGCGCCCGUUCACGUGCACGCUCUGCAGCUACAGUGCCAAGCGGAGAGACAGCCUGCGCCUGCACUGCAAGGUCAAACACCCGGAGCACACACACACACACACACACACUCAGCGGCUGCACACACACACACCGUCAGCAGCUGUUUGCUCCUCCUCCUCCUCCUCCUCCUCCUCCUCCUCCUCGUCUGUUGCUCCUCUUCUUCACCCCUCGCUCUCUGACAGGUGGAGGGAUCUGUCUCCUCUCCUGCCAAUCACCACCCUGCUCUCUCUGAAGCCUCGCGCCCCUUCAUCUUCCUCUUCCUCCUUGUUAUCCCCCUCCUCUUCCUCCUUGUUAUCCCCCUCCUCUUCCUCUUCCUCCUUGUUAUCCCCCUCCUCUUCCUCCUUGUUAUCCUCCUCUUCCUCCAAACACUCCUUCCUCAGUUACCUUGGUCUGAAAACUUAUUUGUAAAUGCUUUUUUUUUCUCCUCCUCUCCUUAUCUUCUCUCCUUUUUAGUCUCCUCGUUUCCUCUCCUCAUUCUGUCUCUACUUGUCUCCUAGUCUGUUCUCCUUCUCCUUUCCUUAUCUUCUCUCAUUUUUAGUCUCCUCGUUUCCUCUCCUCAUUCUGUCUCUACUUGUCUCCUAGUCUCUUCUCCUUCUCCUUUCCUUAUCUUCUCUCAUUUUUAGUCUCCUCGUUUCCUCUCCUCAUUCUUUCUCUACUUGUCUCCUAGUCACUUCUCCUUCUCCUUUCCUUAUCUUCUCUCCUUUUUAGUCUCCUCGUUUCCUCUCCUCAUUCUGUCUCUACUUGUCUCCUAGUCUGUUCUCCUUCUCCUUUCCUUAUCUUCUCUCAUUUUUAGUCUCCUCGUUUCCUCCCCUCAUUCUUUCUCUACUUGUCUCCUAGUCUCUUCUCCUUCUCCUUUCCUUAUCUUCUCUUAUUUUUAGUUUCCUCGUUUCCUCUCCUCGUUCUGUCUCUACUUGUCUCCUAGUCUCUUCUCCUUCUCCUUUCCUUAUCUUCUCUCAUUUUUAGUCUCCUCGUUUCCUCUCCUAAUUCUUUCUCUACUUGUCUCCUAGUCACUUCUCCUUCUCCUUUCCUUAUCUUCUCUCCUUUUUAGUCUCCUCGUUUCCUCUCCUCAUUCUGUCUCUACUUGUCUCCUAGUCACUUCUCCUUCUCCUUUCCUUAUCUUCUCUCAUUUUUAGUCUCCUCGUUUCCUCUCCUCAUUCUGUCUCUACUUGUCUCCUAGUCUCUU